AAGUGUUAAAAUAAGAUAAGUAAGGCUGGUGUUCCAACAAUGUUAGAUCAGUGAGGAAAACAAAUGGACGUCCUGUGAGGCAGCCGACCAGUAGACAUCAAGUAAUACAUCGAUUCUCCCUCCUGCUGGAGCUGUCUGGUUUAGCUGGCCAUGUUAACACCUCCAUGUGCAGCCGGUGGUGCAGUGCGUCGCGGAGUUCCAGCAUAUGUAUUACUGCGACCCCACCAGCUGCUGCUUCCACUUCCUCCAUUGUUGGCUACAUAAGGUGUGAUUAGCGGAGUGUGGGAGAGGGGGGGGGGACAGGGCGACAGAGGGAAGAAACUCUAGCAGAAACGCUGGGAAGAGGACGCCAGCCUUCCUCAGGGUCGGGCAGCGCCAACAGUAACAGAAUGUCAAAACCACCAUCAGACAAACUGCUAACAUUCAAACUGGUAGUAGUUGGGGAUGGUGGUGUAGGCAAGUCUGCUCUCACAAUACAGUUCUUCCAACGACUGUUUGUGACCGAUUAUGACCCGACCAUAGAAGAUUCGUAUAUUCAACACACAGAGGUAGACGCCCAGUGGUGUAUUCUUGAUGUUUUGGACACUGCAGGACAAGAGGAAUUCAGUGCCAUGCGGGAACAGUAUAUGAGGAAGGGGGAUGGUUUUAUGCUGGUAUAUUCUGUAACAGACAAGCAGAGCUAUGAGAAUAUACCACACUUUUAUACCCAGAUCCUACGUGUGAAAGACAGAGAAUCUUACCCAAUGCUGCUGGUGGCCAACAAAGUAGAUUUGGUUCACAUGCGAAAAGUAACGGAGGAGAUGGGACGAGAAUUAGCCCAUAGACUCAACCUUUCAUAUAUUGAGACGAGUGCCAAGGAUCCACCCCUCAACGUUGAUUCAGCAUUUCACGAGGUUGUGCGUAUCAUUCGGGAUUCUCCUCCAGUGGAUGGGCCCAAGAAAUGUAAUAGGAAGACAAAGUGUGUGAUCAUGUAAAUUUGGUUUGUUUACACUUAAACGUUGUAUCACCUUUCAAUGCACUGUUGCAUUAGCAAACCCCCAAUAUAAAGGUUUCUUCUUAGAUCAUUGCUUAUACCUUCAUUUUUUAUCAUAUGACUUUGAAAACAGUUCUAUGGCUUGGAUAAUUAUUUUCUUGUAUUAAAAGAAAUAUUUGUUUUAUAAUACAUUAUGGACCAUCAGAAAUGCCUUUUUUUUUUUUUUUUUAAUUUAAAUGCAAUGCAAGAGUAGCAUUUAAGGCAGCAUACGAUUAAGUACCACAUUUAUGUGGUACUUAAUUGUAUGUUUUUAAUUUUUUUCAGUCAGACUAUAAUGUGUGGUGAUCCACACAGUGCUACACCCUUAAGAUGAGUUAAACUAGAUUUUUUUGUUUCUCCAUUUUAUUUUAGAGUAUAAAACAUUUGGUUGAAAUACCUUUGAGCUACAAGCAUUUUAUGUUUUUUUUUUUAAUUUUAAUCCUGCAAACUUAGUGUUCUUUGUAACUUGUAACUUAAAGUUCUUGUGGGUGUUAAUGAUCUGUAAAAUAUACUAGAUACCUCCAUUUUCUUAAGUGUCAACAUAUGUUACUGUACACAAAGUUUAUAUUGUUAUAGCUUUAACCUUUCUUUCAUAUUAUACCAAAGACAUUGGGUAAGUGUGCUCUAAGCACAGUUCUGUAUGAUUAUUUGAGUUAAUAUAUAUUUUUUUUACUAUAACCAUGGUUCAAAAAAGCUUAGCUUGGGCUAAUGAUGCUGAAAAGGCAUUUUUUUUCCUUCUGUUGGACCACUUGUGUAGAUUUAUCUCAAUCCUUAUGUACCGAUGGUCCAGUCUGCUUGCCAUACAAGUGCUUAAAGUAGAAAGUCCACAUUAUCUGCUAUGUCAUCACCAGGAAAAUGUUUCAGAAUUGUCAUGCAAGAUUUUAGCUUAAAAAUGCUCAGCAAAGAAUUCUGAAUUUAAAAAUGCUACAAAAGUGAGCUGCAAUUAUGCUAAACUUCUAGAGUAACGAUUACAAGAACAGCAAAACCUAAGCACUUUUGUGAGCUCAUUAAUACACCCAGAAAGGUACUAACAAAAAGAAUAAGAUCCAGGUGUGUAGGAAUAAAAUGGGUGGCUUACACUUUUCCAAGAGAAGAUUAAGUAGUUGGAUGCAUAUACUAAUAGGAGGCAUAAUAUGACAGGUUGGACUUGACCUAGUGUUUGGUAUACACCUUAAAGUGCGCAGUACCUCCUGCAAUGAAAUAUGUCAGUCAUCAGUUCUGUGGCAAAUGUGAAACAAGAUCAGUAACAUUUUAUAUUCAUUGUGUAUAAGCAUGAACUCAUUUAUGUACAAUAAGGUAACACUUUAUGUUCAGUGUGUUUUAAGUAUACAGUAUAGUGUCAAGACUUUAUACUAAUGUGGUCAAGUGCUCUCAGUCCUUCUGGGGCACCCUGGAGGGUAGGACUACUAGCGAAGAUCACCAAGCCCUCUGUAGUGCUAUUUUUAGCAUGGUGAAUAUCACACGAAAUCAGUAUCAUUUCUUUUUUCAAUGUUUUUAAUUAUAAAUAUCAACUUGAGAAAUAACUUACAGGAAGUUCAUGAAGUUAGAAUGCUUAAAAAUCGUUAAUUAACAGAUGUGUGUGUUUAAGCCAAAAAAAUGAUAGUGUUGAAUACAGCGAAUGAACAGGCUCCAAAGUUUUUCACUUUAGUAUUAUUGAAAUUAGGUGGAGGAAAUAGAUAAGUAAUAAUUUUUCCAAAGAUCACACUAUUCCUAUGAUACAUUGAUAACAUUUUGUGUUUAAUGAAAGUUCAGUACUAAAUAAUAAACCUAAUUUAUUAAUAUAUAGAAUUGUUUAUUUUAUGCAGGAAACUUAAAUUAUUAAAAUGCUAAGGGCAAUUGAUGGACACCAAGAUGCAGAAGACGUCACAUUUCUUUACUAAUAUUCGUAAAGUGAGUGUUUUUUUUUUUUUUGCAGAGAAAACAAUCUUUAAUUGUAUGAUAUGAGUCGUCUUCCUGUGGUUUAUCAAGUAUAUUUUGUACCAUAAAAACUGUCUGGCCUAUAGGUUCCAGAACUUAGGUUUGACUCUAUUUAGAGAUGAUGAUACAGUAUUAUGCCAUUGUGGCCAAACAAGCUAAAUUUUUGUAAUAUUAGAUUUAAUUAUUUCAACGUUUGGAUUGGUAUACAGGAUGUGAGAAUAUACUGCACCAGAAGUAAUUUCCCUCCUUAAUCUUAACCUUGCUAAUUUACUUAACCUAAUAUAGUGUAACACUAAUUUGGUAAAGAUCUGCCUAAAUUUAGUAAAUAUUAUCUGUCAUUAUUGAAAUAUAUUUUUUGAUACAGACUGAUUUUUGCUGAAUUCUAGAAAAAUUAAGAUAGUGUAAGCUGCUUGUUUGGCAAAACUGUUUGCCAGAUUAGGUAAGAUGGCGAGCAGUUAUUGAAAAAGCUCAUGCAUUCAUAGACAUAUCUAAUGUGCAAAAUAACCACAGUGAAAAAAUAGUGCACACAUCUAAUAUGAAUAAUGUCCUUGCUCCAUCUUAGAUAUUUAAGUCAUUGAUUGGUGUAAUUACUAUUUAAAAUGUUAAAUUUAUGAUCAAGUGUGGAUCACAGUACUUCUGACCGUGGUGUUUUAACCCUUUGAGGGUCGACAGGCCCUCUCCGAAACUCGUUCUCAGGGUCGGCCA